CGCCGCUGCAAGACCAGGGACCCCCCCCCCCCCCCCCAUUGGCGAGCGGGAUCCCGCGAACCAACAUCUCGGGACUCGGGGAACCCAAAGACCGCCGCCAACCAACAAAGUGCGGGACAGGGGAACGGAGAUCGGGACCAGACACGCCACUGACGGGGCGCCACGCCGGGCGGCCGCGUUCACGCAGCGGGGAGAGCAGAGGGGGCACGGGGUAGCCGGGCAGCGGCGGGGGGGGGGUCCCUCGAAUCGGGUGAUCGGGAACUUGGAGGACUUCUGAUGCCAGAGCCCGAGACCGGCAUCGCAAUAACCCGGAGGAGGGCGCCCCGGGGCUAGAGGACUGCGCGGUCAGCGCACACGAGUGGGGGGGGAAUCCGUCGGAACGCAACCGGACUGGGAUCCGAGGGAACCCCCACAGCGGCGUCGAGGACCGGUCUCGGAACGUCGGCAGUCACGUGGGCGGGGGGGGGGGCGACGACGACUCUCUAACCGGGCUGUCUGGAGUCGGACAGCGGAGGGGGGACGUCGUCCCAAGGCCGGCUCCGAACGAUCGCUCCGCCGUAGGGGUGGGGUGGGGGGGUCUUAUCUGAACCCCAGAUAAACCCCCUCGAUUGAACCGCCGCGUCCCUGCAAUGCACGCGCGGCGCCCGGGGUACUGCUGCUCCUGAGGCCGCCCGCGUGUGAGAGACCCCCCCCUGCCCCCCACUCGACCCCGCUGCCCGGGAGACCUCCCCCGGGACUCCCCACCCCCGGGGAAACCCCGUGAAGGGGACCCUUGAUGCCGGCGCGAGGCUCGGCGAGGCCUCCCUGCAGACCCCAUGCCUCCCCCGCGCUGCUCCGAGCCCCCAUCGGCGCGGACUCCGACGAGAGCGACCAGAGGGGGGUGGUGUGUGUGCCGCCACGGAGGCUGGUGCUGCUGAUGGCCGGUGUGGCUGCCAUGGUGUUCCUGCCCUGCUCACUGCUCCACCACCACCACCACCACCUCCUCCUCCUCCUCGACAGCCGCCCCACACCCCCACUGCUCGCGCACACCAUGGGUAGUGGCCUGUGGCCUGCUGACCGAGCAGCCUCGCAAACCGCAAGUUCUCAUCAGCCCCUGGUGUGCGGCGGUGCCUCUGCGACGGGGGGCCCCCCGGCCGCCCGCGACCCCUUCGCCCGCCCGGGCGGGGGACUCAAGUACCCCUACAGCUCCUCCGAGGUGGACCUGCCCCCCACGAUCGCGCUCUCGGACGGCGAGGAGCCGCCCCCCUACAAGGGUCCCUGCUCCUUGCGCCUCCGCAACCACGAGCAGCAGCUGGAGAUCAACCGCGAGGCCAUCCGGCCGCCCCCCAACCGCACCGUCUUCGACAGCGACUACUGGCCGCACUUCCGGCCCCCCUCCUGCCGAGCGGGGGUCUCGGCGGGGGGGGCUCGCGGCGGGGGGGGGCCCCUGCGGGGGCUGCUGCUGCCGCCGCCGCCCUCCUACAGCGAGGCGCUGAGACACUGCCUCAUGCCGCACGCCGCGGCGACGACCGCCGGCGGCGCGACCGGCGCGGCCGCCGCCGCCGCCGCCAAGGCGGUAGCCGGCCCCGCCGCGGGCACCACCGCCGUUGCCGUCCCUGCCGCCGGCGGCGCGACCGGCGCGGCCGCCGCCGCGACUGCCGCCACGAAGCCCGGCGCGGUCGUCUCCGCCGGCGACGGCGGCGCGACCGGAACGACCGCUGCCGCCGCUGCCACCGCCGUUGCAGAGGCGGGCGCCGGCGUGGCGGUGGCGGUGGGGCCCGGGCAAGAGACGGCGGUCGUGGUUGUGGUGGUGGGGAUGGGGAUUGGGGGCGGCCAACCGCAGACUAACGCCGCCAGGGGACGCACGGCUUGA